GUGUUAAUAAAUGACUGUUUUUCAUUCAAAACAAAGACAAAGUUACGUAAAUCAGCUGUUUAAUUGCUUUGGCGUUCUGUAAAUUUGUGCUUAGGAUCAAACACCCGCUCCUCAUAUAAAUAAUUUAUCAGCCAUAUAUUUCUGCACCGGCAAAGACACAUUUUGUUGACAAAGCACCUGACGAGCAGUAGAUUUGCGCAGCCACUGCAGGCACAUACUGGUAGAUCAAGAAUGAGUUUGAGACAUCGUGUGGCUAUGGCUGUUGUGGUGGCUGCUUUACUGUGGUCAGAGUCUGGAAUUCUCUGUGGUGGAGAGACAUUGAGUUUUGCUUUAGAGAGGGCGUUCCCCACGAGCCAUAGAGUUGAGAUGACACGGCUUAGAUCACAUGACCAAACAAGGCACAGAAGAAUCUUGCAGUCUGCUUUAGGCGGUGUGGUCGAUUUUUCUGUUCAAGGAACUUAUGAUCCUUCUCUUGUUGGGCUUUACUAUACUCGUGUUCAGUUGGGUUCUCCUCCGAAAGAAUUCUACGUACAGAUCGAUACUGGAAGUGAUGUUUUAUGGGUUAGUUGUGCUUCUUGUAAUGGUUGUCCUACAGCUAGCGGGCUUCAGAUUCAACUCGAGUUCUUUGACCCAGCAAGCUCUUCAACAGCAUCAUUGAUCUCUUGCUCUGACCGAAGGUGUGCUCUUGGGAAACAGUCUUCUGACACUGGAUGUUCGGCUGAGAGUCAAUGUAGCUACACCUUUCAGUAUGGUGAUGGCAGUGGAACUUCAGGUUAUUAUGUAGCUGACUUUAUCCAUUUGGACGCCGUUUUUGGUUCUUCAUCAAUUUCUAACUCCUCAGCUCAAGUGAUUUUUGGAUGCAGCACAUAUCAGGUCGAGGAUUUAGCAAAACCUGACCGAGCAGUUGAUGGAAUCUUUGGAUUUGGGCAACAAAGCAUGUCAGUUAUCUCACAACUUUCAUCACAUGGAAUAGUGCCAAAUGUAUUCUCUCAUUGUCUUAGAGGAGGUAAUGCUGGUGGGGGUGUACUGGUACUAGGUCAGAUUGUGGAGCCGAAUAUCGUUUACACACCACUUGUCCCAUCACAACCACAUUACAAUUUAAAUCUUGAGAAGAUUCUUAUCAAUGACCAACCUUUACCCAUUGACCCAAAAAUAUUUGCAACAACAAACAAUCGAGGGACAAUAGUAGAUUCUGGAACAACUUUAGCAUACCUUGCAGAGGAAGCAUACGAUAUCUUUAUUAAUAGAAUUUCCCAGAUCGUUUCAGGAUCUGCACGUCUACUCUUUACAAAGGGGAGCCAUUGUUAUCUAUCCACAUCCAGCAUCUCAGAUAUAUUCCCCAGUAUUAGUUUGAGUUUCGCUGGAGGUGCAUCAAUGGUUCUAAAGCCUGAAGACUACCUUUUACAGCAAAACUCUAUCGGUGGAUCUGCCAUCUGGUGCAUGGGAUUUGAGAAAAUUCCAGGCAAAGGAAUAACAAUUUUAGGAGAUCUUGUAUUGAAAGACAAGAUCAUUGUUUAUGAUUUGGCUAACCAACGCAUUGGAUGGGCAAAUUACGAUUGUUCAACAUCCAUUAAUGUUUCCAUUGCUACUCCCAGAGGCAAGAGUGAAUUUGUAAAUGCAGGACAGAUUGAUAAGAACCGAUCAUCACACAACAGUCCAUUCAAGCUAAGUUCAGUCAAAAUAUUGGCUUUUAUGUUAAAUGUAUUCACAGUGCUUGUCAUCCAUUUUGCUUUGUAGCUUCCUUGGUGUCUGUAUAUUUCAGGUCAUAGUUUGUAUAGAGCCCUUCCUUUUUUGGCGGCAAGUUUUUCAAUCUUAACAUUUAAGUUUGUGUACUGUUUGUUCUAUUUGUGGUUGUAUUUGGAGGCCAGACAAAUUUCAAUCACCCUAUACAGUAUCCUUCAAUUUAUUAUACACCAUUCAUCUCAUAAAUUUAUAUGGAGUACGGGUUUGCUUUAUACAUGUUUUUGGAGUGUGGAAUCAUGUUUAAAGAUUUGUUUAUAAAUGAAAGAGUUAAAAAAUGGACAAUCGGUCUCAGUAUGGAAAGGGAGGCGGCUACCUGGUCCUGGAGACGAGAUGAUACACUCGGCGCCGCUAGUUGAAAUAGCAGACAUGAAUGUAGUGGUUCCACUGAACAAAACAGGUGACAAGUGGAAUGUGAUAUGCAAAAGAUAGAGGCUCUGUUUUCAGAAGAUGAAAGAAUGGCUAUACUCUCUAUUCCUCUAAGUGAGAGGCGACCCUUAGAUGACUGGUGGUGGAAUGAAGAUUCAAGGGGCAUCUAUAUGGUUAAAAGUGGUUAUAGAUUAAUUCGAGGAAGGUGCAUAUUCCUAUACGGUGCAUGUUUUGCGACGCGGAUAUGGAGUCGGAAACACAUGUGUUCAAAAGUUGUUCUAUGACCAGCUCGGUUUGGCAACAGAUGGUCUCAAAUUUGUUCAGCAGGGAGAUUAUUUUGACACGUUUGAGGCCUGGAUCCGGAGUUAUUUUGAACAUCUGCAGCAGGAGAAGCUUUGCCACUUCAUUACUGCUUGUGGAGCCUAUGGAAGGCGAGGAAUGAUAAAGUGUGAAAGAAUAAAGAGAUGGGUUGUCAACAUGUGGUGGAACCGUGGAAGUCGGGGCAGCCAUGCUAAGAAACUGGAGGCAGGUCAGAGGUUCAAGAAUGGAACAAAGUAAAGACAGUGGAAAAGAAAGCUGGAGAUGGCCGAAGCAGGGGUUCUCACAAUUAAUGUAGAUGCAACUCUUGAUGCCAGAAGUACAUGUGCAUGGGCAUGAGGGAUGACAUUGGUGGACUGUUUCUUAUGGCAGGAUGUCACUGGACCUAUGCGGACUGGGCAGUUGAGGUUUCAGAGGCCAUUAGCACAGUACCCGUGCAUACGUACAGGAAACAAUAGUUGGUCCAUAUAUAUUUUUAUUCAUGAUCAAUCAUUAUUCCGUUUAUCUUCUUAUACCUAAAAACACUAUUUAUGAGAGAAAAGAUGCUUUCGCUCAAUUAUCAGUACUUUUAAUUAUAUUUUUAUUACAUUCUCUCAAUU